CGCUUCAAUGAUUACCUCACGCUCACCUUUUCACGCAAUCACUUAUCGCUUACCGUCACAAUGGCUCAUUGUUGCCCGCUGGUGUACUAAGCAUUGACUUAGAAUGCGUCAUUGCAUUGAUAGAUCAGUGACUCGGCUCGAACUCUCCCAACCAUAUAUUCGGAUCACGCUAUAGUACGCCGCAAAUUCCUUGGCUGCGUUUCUGUCCGCGUUUCUGUCCGCGCGAAGUUCAUUACAGCUGUCAUUUAAUAUUCUAUCGGCCUUCAUCUUAUAAUCAUGUAAACUAAAUCCGCAACUUCAUUCCUCCUUCGGACACGAAAAAAAAGUCCACAGCUACUAUGGCUGAAACCGACAUGGUCUUCCGUUUUGUUUAUUCCACCGACUCCGACGCUGACAUGCGGUCGUUCCGAGUGUACCAGGUGAUAGGACCAGCAUCAUAUGAGGAACUGGAACUAUACAAGUUCUUACAUUCGAUGACCGGAUCAUCUACUGGAAUCACAACUUAUCAUCGAAAGAAUAUGAAUAGUUUGAGCUUCGAGACCGCUGGACAGAUCAAGUGGAGCUCGAACACUAAUGCCACCGCCGUGUAUUUUGGCGUUGACUCAGAAGAGGUUUCUGUCAAGGAUCUCCGCAAGAUCAAAAAUGCGACUAGCCAUUCGCGCAGAUUCAAAUCUGGUACUGGUGCCGGUUACAAGUGGAAGAUUGCAGACAAUAAGACCGACUUAUAUUGCGUAGAUUCGCAAGACAAAUACAUUGCGUCGUGGUCGAAUCAAGAAAGGAUACUAAGGGUCACCCCGCGCGCCAGUGCACUACUGGAUCGGCUCGUGGUUACAUGUUUCUUGAAUGUGUGGUGCAAGGGGCUGGGGCGGUGGUAACGAGGUGUUCGAAGUGUCAGGUGUAUAUCCUUAUACUGUAUAGUAAUCAACAUAAUCGCAGUGUCUGUAAUCCGUGCUUAACGUGUUAUUACUUUUAAAAUAUAGCUUCAUCACUACUCACAUUUGACAUUUGUUUUGCGACCGGGGAACAUCACCGGGCCUCGAAC